GAAACGGAAACAAACGUAUAAGCGUUUAUAUUACUCAUUAUUUGUUUCUAUUGGGAUCUCUGGCUCCGUGUACAAUGGCUCCAAGGAAGAAGCAACAGCAGCAACCCAAGCAGAAGCAAAACAACCGAAAAUCCAAUUCCACUCCCUCCACCUCCGAUGCUCGUCCUUCUUCCUCCGGUCCAAAGCUCAAUAUCUCCGCCGAAAACGAGACUCGUCUCCGUCGUCUCCUUCUGAGCUCCGGCCGCUCCACUCCAUCGGUCACUCCCGCAGAUGAUUCGCUCUCAAAGGUCCAGAAGGUCAAGAAGCUUAAAGCCGUUUACGAGAAGCUCUCAUGCGAAGGUUUUACCAAUGAUCAAAUUGAACUGGCACUCUCCGCUAUCGGGGAUGGUGCUACAUUUGAAGCUGCUCUUGAUUGGUUAUGCUUGAACUUGCCUAGUAGCGAGCUUCCAUUGAAAUUUUCAAGUGGAACUUCUUUGCAUACACAUGUAGGUGGUUCUGUUCGUAUACUACAGACUGCACAAAAAGACUGUCCUUCAAUGGUAGUCCAAUCUUCCAAAGAUGAAGAUGGAAACAAAGAUGUUCCUAUUAUAUUGAGUAGGGGUAAAGAUGAUGAUAAGCUAGAUCGGUUCCAAUCAUCCCAAGCUGAAUGGAUCAAACAGUAUGUAGAGCAGCAAGAAGAGGAUGACUAUGGAAUCUGGGAAGAUAACAUGGCUGAUGAAGGUUCUUCGAAGAAGGCUUCGCAAGCAAGGUCCUAUGAUGUUAUUGCGGAAGAGUAUUAUGCUGCACGGUUGGACGCUGCAAAAGCAAAGGAAGAAGGGGACAAGAAAAGACAAGAGACUGCUGGCAACAUCAUUCGCAAGCUUAAACAGGAGUUGUUAGCUCAAGGAUUAUCAGUUGAUAUGCUGGCUUCUGAAUUCGAGUAUGGAAGAGCGUUGGAUAAUGUAUUGAAGGAUGAAGCUCUGAGUUCUAUGCAAGAUGGAAAUGUUGGGGUCAAUCAAUCAAACAUGAGAAGUAGCUUGGAUAUUUCAGUGCAUAGAAAUGAAUCUGCUAAUGUAGAUGAAAAGGAUUGGUCAACCUCAAAGGAGUUAUCUGUAGAUCUUAUGUCUACACAAGAAAUUGAAUCAAUCGUUGAUGUAGAUGGGAGGGCUUGCUCAGCCCCCAAGGAGACAUCCGUGGAUCUUUUGUCAUCCCAAGGAAAGAAUGACUCAGAAGAGCCAGAAGAUGUGGAGAUCGGUAAUUUUUUUUUGGAAGAUGUAGAAACAAAUUCAGAUGUAGCACAGGAAUUACUAAAACUAAAGAAGAAAGAAAAGAUGAAAGAACUUUCCAGUGGGAAGAAUUCCGAGAAGUUGGAUGGCAUAUGGAAGAAGGGUGAUACACUAAAGAUUCCCAAGGCUGUUCUUCAUCAAUUAUGUCAAAAAGAAGGAUGGGAUGCACCAAAAUUUAAUAAAAUCCACAGAAAAGAAAAUGGUUUUUUCUAUGCUGUCAGUGUGCUGCGUAAAGCAAGUGGUAGAGGUAAAAAUCGGAAAGCUGGAGGUCUUAUCACUCUUCAGUUUCCCAAUGAGGAUGAAAUUUUUGAAUCUGCAGAGGAUGCUCAGAAUAAGGUGGCAGCUUUUGCUCUUUGUCACUUGUUUCCAGAUCUUCCUGUUCAUGUUGCACUUAUUGAGCCAUAUGCUUCUCUUGUUAUGCAGUGGAAGGCAGGGGAAUCAAUUAGCAAAGUUGACGACGAUGAGAAAGAUCGAAGGGCUAGUUUUGUUGAUUCUUUGCUUGAUGCUUCCAAUAUUGGUUCUGCUUCUAAAACUCUUGUUGGGAAAGUUGAACGGCUCAAUAUCGAGGAUGAUAAGAAGCCACGUGCUCUUGAACUUAAUUCACAUUCAUUCGGGGAAAGAUUAGACUACAACACCCAGAAUGAGAGUUCUCGUUUGAGACUGGAACACGAGAAUAAGAUGAGAACUAAAAAAUAUCAGGAGGUAUUUAUGGACUUGCCACCUGUUUUUGAGGACAAAGUGUGCAAGUUAAAAGACUUGGAACAAACAGCCUUUCUAUUGCCAGGUGUUCUCAUGUAUUCAAAGGAGAUGUUGAAAAACAGAGCUGCGCUUCCCAUUGCUUCAUUAAGAGGUGAUAUGUUGCGUCUCCUGAAGGAGAAUAAUGUUCUUGUUGUUUGCGGGGAUACAGGUUCUGGAAAGACAACUCAGGUCCCACAAUUUAUACUGGAUGAGAUGAUCGAAUCAGGAUGUGGAGGACUGUGCAACAUAGUAUGCACACAACCAAGAAGAAUAGCGGCUAUUUCGGUUGCGGAAAGAGUUUCUGAUGAACGUUGCGAGCCUGCCCCAGGUUCAAAUGGGUCUUUAGUUGGUUAUCAUGUUCGUCUAGAUAAUGCCAGGAAUGAAAAUACAAAACUACUAUUCUGUACAACGGGCAUUCUUCUGAGGAAAAUUGUGGGAGAUGAAACUUUGACUGGUAUCACUCAUAUUAUAGUUGAUGAAGUACAUGAACGGUCUCUGCUGGGCGAUUUUCUCUUAGUUGUUUUGAAGAAUCUGAUUGAGAAACGUUCUGUUGAAAGUUCAUCUCCCCUGAAGGUUGUUCUAAUGUCUGCGACAGUUGAUUCAAAUCUUUUCUCAGGAUACUUUGGUAACUGCCCUGUAAUCACUGCAGAGGGUAGAAUGCAUCCUGUGACCACCUACUUUCUUGAAGAUAUAUAUGAGAGUACUGGGUACCACCUCGCUUCAGACUCCCCCGCUGCCGUACGAUAUGAAGUAUCAAGUGGCAAAAAGAAUGCUCCAGUCAAUUAUCGAAGAGGAAAGAAAAACCUCAUAUUAUCCGGAUGGGGUGACGAUGCUUUACUUUCUGAAGCCUGUACAAAUCCAUACUACAAUUCAGAUUGUUAUCAAUCAUACAGUGAGUUGACACAGAAAAAUCUGGAAAGAUUAAAUGAGCAUAUUAUUGAUUAUGAUCUUCUCGAAGAUUUAGUGAUUCAUGUGGAUAAAACUUUUGAUGAGGGAGCCAUACUUGUUUUCUUGCCAGGAGUGUCAGAAAUUCACUUGUUGUAUGAUAGAUUAGCUGCUUCUUACCAAUUUGGUGGACAGGCUUCUGAUUGGAUUCUUCCUUUGCAUUCGUCCAUUGCAUCUACUGAUCAAAAAAAGGUGUUUUUACGGCCUCCAUAUGGCAUCCGCAAGGUUAUAAUAGCCACAAAUAUUGCGGAGACCAGUAUUACGAUCGAUGAUGUGGUUUAUGUGAUAGACAGUGGAAGACAUAAAGAGAACCGUUACAAUCCUCAAAAGAAAUUAUCAAGCAUGGUUGAGGAUUGGAUUUCUCAAGCGAAUGCUAGGCAGCGGCGAGGAAGAGCUGGACGUGUGAGACCUGGUACUUGCUUUUGUUUAUACACACAUCACAGAUAUGAAAAGCUCAUGCGCCCUUUUCAGGUCCCUGAGAUGCUUCGAAUGCCCUUAGUAGAGUUAUGUUUACAGAUUAAAUUACUUUCUCUGGGUUACAUAAGGCCAUUUUUAUCAAAGGCAUUGGAGCCUCCUAGAGAAGAGGCUAUGGCAUCAGCAAUAUCAUUAUUAUAUGAGGUGGGAGCUCUUGAAGGCAAUGAAGAAUUGACUCCUCUUGGACAACAUUUAGCAAAAUUACCUGUUGACGUAUUGAUUGGGAAGAUGAUGCUAUAUGGUGGAAUUUUUGGUUGCUUGUCCUCCAUUCUCUCUAUAUCAGCAUUUCUGAGCUACAAGUCUCCAUUUAUUUAUCCAAAAGAUGAGAAGCAGAAUGUUGAACGAGCCAAAUCGGCUCUUUUGUCUGAUGAGGGAAAUGGUUCGGGUGAGUCAUGUGGCAAUGACAAGCAAUCUGACCACCUGAUUAUGGUGAAUGCAUACAAGAAAUGGGAAAAAAUUUUGCACCAGAAAGGAGCUAAGGCUGCACAGCAGUUCUGCAAAUCACAUUUCUUAAGCAGUUCGGUCAUGUACAUGAUAAGGGACAUGAGGGUGCAGUUUGGGACAUUGUUAGCAGACAUUGGGCUUGUUGAUCUUCCUAUAAGAUCUUGUUUUGGUAGAACAACGAAGGAGGACCUUGACAGCUGGUUUUCAGAUUCAUCCCAACCAUUCAACAUGUACUCGGAUCAUCCAUCAAUUGUUAAGGCAGUAUUAUGUGCAGGAUUAUAUCCCAACAUAGCUGCUGGUGAGGAAGGAAUUACUGAAGCAGCUCUUAAUAGCCUUGGGCGAUCGUUCGGUCCUGCUACCACAGCUCGUCCAGUGUUGUAUGAUGGUAGAAGAGAAGUAUAUAUACAUCCUUCUUCUGUCAACAGCAACCUAAAAGCAUUUCAGUACCCUUUCCAUGUGUUCCUUGAAAAGGUAGAAACCAAUAAAGUCUUUAUCCGGGAUACUUCGGUUGUUUCUCCCUACUCCAUCUUAUUAUUUGGUGGGUCUAUUAAUAUUCAGCAUCAGAGUGGAAUUGUCAUUAUAGACGGUUGGUUGAAAUUGACUGCACCGGCGCAAAUUGCUGUACUCUUUAAAGAACUUAGAUUGACCCUCCAUUCUAUUCUGAAGGAACUUAUUAGAAGACCAGAGACUUCUAUUAUUAUCAAGAACGAGGUUCUAAAGUCUAUAGUUCGUUUGUUGUUAGAAGAAGACAAGCCGCUUACAUAGGCAUAGUAAUGGUAAAGCAUAACACUGACGAAAAAAUUUGAACCAAGAUGAAUGGUUUCAUGCCAAAAUAUACCUUCACCCCUCAAAUUUUGCUGUUGAAAUCUAAUGGAUGGCUUGAUGAGACAGAUGAGAAACUACAGUUAUUUACAGGGUUCGUCAUCACUUGCUUUCUUUUUGGUACACUUUUUUAUAUUUGAAGAUGUUCAAACUAAAUAUAGGGGGAAAGUUGGAGAGACAACGGCAUACCUUCCCCUAUUAACUUUAGAUCCACAUUUAGGUAUCUAACAAUCAUAAGAAUUUUUUUAGGAUAAUAAAAGUAUGGGAUUUGAUCCAUAGACCAUAGACCUUUUGGUGCCUUUGUUUUGGAAAAACUUUUCUUAGUAAUAUCAUUAAACAUACUCUCCUUUAUUUGACAUGUUAUACAUCAUAUAAUGUCUUUGUUA